CGGCUACCUCAUUCCUGGAAUCCUAGUCUAGACAGUCUCCAUUUGUAAGCAGCCAUACAAACAUAGAAGGAGGGGACAGACAUGUCUCUAGAAUCUGCGUUUGUCAAUUCUGUUAUUACUGGUGAACGAGAGAAAAAACUUGGUAAAGGGAUCAGUGUACACUCGGACGGGAAAAUCGAGAUUGAAAGACGAAGGGAAAUAUGCGCGCAGCGAGAUACUACGGAAAGGGGGAUAUUAGGAUCGAGAAUGAUGUUGAGGAAGAAAGAUGUGGGGAGGGAAAAGUCAGAAUCGCCCCCUCCUACGUCGGCAUCUGCGGAACAGACCUGCACGAAUUCACCGGUGGUCCAACCUUCGCACCCCUCAAGCCCCAUCCCAUAACCAAGGAGACUUUACCCAUCACUCUCGGCCACGAGUUCUCUGGCGUUGUCACCGAAGUUGGGCCUGGCGUUAACACACUGCAAGUCGGUCAGCACGUUGUUGUCCAACCUACGCUCUAUUGUGGCACUUGCAGCGCUUGUUUGGCUGGGUUCGAGAAUGUGUGUUAUAAAGGUGGGUUCAUAGGUCUCAGUGGUAGUGGAGGGGGCCUCAGCGAUUCGGUUGUUGUGCCUGCGGGAUCGGUGUUGAAAUUACCAGGAAAAAUUCCGCUGGACAUUGGAGCGUUGGUUGAACCGCUUUCAGUAGCCUGGCAUGCUAUCUCCGCGGCCCAUUUAACGCAAGAAUCGACCGUUUUAGUUCUUGGUGGAGGUCCGAUUGGAUUAGCGGUUGUCCAAUGUCUUGUUGCGUUGAAAACCCAUAAAAUUAUUCUGAGCGAGGUCUCAAAAUCAAGACAGCGGUUCGCGAGGGAGUUUGGAGCACACCAUGUCAUUGACCCGAAAACAAACGACUUGGUUGCUGCAAGUAAGGAGCUCUCUGGAAGUGAUGGGCCUGACGUUGUGUUCGACUGCGCUGGCGUCCCCGCAAGCCUUGCAACAGCAUGCCAAGCGGUGAAAGCGAGGGGUACAGUGGUUAAUGUCGCAAUAUGGGAGAAAGAAGUUCCCUUCCAGCCGAAUAUGCUAGUCUUUAAGGAAGCAAAGUACACAGCUGUCCUCGGUUACCAGAGGGAAGAUUUCCAGGCUGUGAUUGAUCAUUUGGCGAACGGGAGCCUGAAGCCGGAGAAGAUGAUUACUAGUAAAAUACGUUUGGAAGAUCUCGUAGAAGGGGGGAUCAAAGCCUUGAUAAACGAUAAGGAGAGUCAUGUUAAGAUUCUUGUCGAGGUUGGUGGAAAAUAG